AUGGAUAGCAAUAGCAUUACCACAUCAGCAAUAAUAGACGAUGAUUUUACUGAUUCUCCUUCCGUGAGCGAACAAAAUUGAUUUUUUCUUUCACAGCGGAGUUAAUUGUUUUUUAAAAAAAUUUAUAUAAACUUUAGAGUGAUUUUUUUUUUUCGAAAUUUAAAAACCCCCAAUUCACGAAAAUUGAGAGUAAAAAUUAAUUUAAAUUGCAAAAUUUAUGUUUUAAAAUUCAAGCUUUUAAAGUUCAGCAGAAUCAGCUAUUAUGCGUUGCAUAAAUUUUAUAUUGACGUUAUAAGCGCCAUUUUCAUAUGAAAUUUCAAAUUAUGAAUUUGCCGCACUAAAAUCUGCGUUUUGAAACGCAUAUUUGGUUUUCACAUACCAAAGCCAAAUUGACAUGCAUAUGCAUGAUAAGAAAUUAUUGCAAUACAUAAUAGAUUUUAAUUAUUUUAAUUAUCACUUAUAUAUCAAAAAAUAUUUUUAUCAUAAAAAAUUUUUAUGUUAAAAAAUAUAUUUGUUAGUUACCGAGAGGUGGUUAUUACCUAAAAAUAAAGAUUUUUCCAAUGGUUUUACUCGCUCACAGAGGGAGUGAGCAAUCAUUAAAAGGUGUAUCAAGUUUGCUAGGCGAGAAGACCGGCUUUGCCCUCCAAACUACCAAUUUCCAAUCCGCAGGGCUGUCUUCGUCAAUAGAACCCACAAUUCAAAACGUCGUCGCAACAGCGAACAUGCAAUGCAAACUGGAUCUCAAACAAAUUGCAUUAAAAGCCAGAAAUGCCGAAUACAACCCCAAAAGAUUCGCAGCUGUAAUUAUGAGGAUCAGGGAGCCAAAAACUACAGCACUUAUCUUUUCUUCCGGAAAAAUGGUCGUCACAGGAGCUAAAGACGAAACCCAAGCUAGAAACGCAACCAGAAAGUUCACCAGAAUUAUCCAAAAAAUUGAUUUUCCUGCCAAAUUCUCUGAAUUUAAAAUCCAAAACUUGGUUGCUUCUGUAGAUGUGAAAUUCCCGAUAAGACUGGAAGGGUUGGCAAUAAAACAUUUCAACUUUUCUAGCUAUGAGCCUGAAGUCUUCCCAGGGCUGAUAUACAGAAUGAUGACCCCAAAGGUAGCGCUGCUGAUUUUUGUGUCAGGGAAGCUGGUGCUUACUGGAGCGAAAACAAGAGGAGAUAUCAAAGAAGCAUUUGAUAAAAUUUACCCUGUGCUGAAAGAGUUCCAGAAAGAUAAAGAUUUAAUAUACUUUCUAAAAGAGAAUAUUUCGAAAUUUUAUUAUGUCUAAUUAUAAUAAAUAAUGGUAAUCUUAUCCUAUUUUCAGAUAUAAAAUAUAAUAAUGCAGGCAAUAUGAGUGCUUUUAUUAAUUGUAAUUAGGUAUAUAUAGUAGGGAUAAUAAUUAAAGAUAUAUUCACCUUUAGAGAGGAUAACUACUAGAAUAUAA